AUGUCAGAAUCCUCAAAUGGUAGAAUCAUGGAAGAAAGAGAAGAGCAAAUGAUUUCACCAACAGGUGAUGGGGGAAGCAACGGUGACGUCACCUUCCGGCUGGCCCAUUUCCUGUCUCCGACGGUGGCUUCCGAUCACAGUCUCUUGCCUGAGGAGGUUCCAUCCAGUACUUUCUCAUCUCCUGAAAAGGGAAACCUCAAGAGCUCCGAGACAGAGGAAGUUGAAGAGGAAUUGCUUAGUAGAGGAAGGUCCGAAUUAUUUCGAUCCAAGUCCAAACCCAAUCCGAAUCGUUGGUCCCAGAAGUUCAUGGAUAGCGGAAGCAACAUCGAGCACGCAGCAUUUCUUGCUUUGUGGUUGUCAAUGUUCGUUUUUCCGACCAAAAAUCGAGAUUGUACCGUAGGAAGACAUGUUUUCACUAUCGCAAUUCUUCUAGCCAAAGGUACUAAAAUUGCUCUUGCGCCUGCUGUUCUAGCUAGUCUUUAUGCUAAUUUGAGUGAGAUGAAAAGGGCUCUUGUUAUUAGCUCUUCUAAGAAAGAUGAGAUUUUGGAAGUCUCAAUAUCUGCACCAUUUCAAUUACUCCAGAUUUGGGUAUGGGAGAGAUUUGUUUCCUUGAGGCCAAAUCCUUUGCCUUUGGAAACUGAUCAGCCAAGGUUUGCUAAAUGGAACAAUUUGCGGGUUAAGAACAUUGGAGAUGUCAAAUCAACUAUAGAUUACUCAGCUGAUUUAUUCCUUUGGCGGCCUUAUUCUGUGGGUAGCAAAAGCUUAUUUCCACAUGAGAUUUACAAAAAAGAGGCAAGGUGGAUCACAGUUAAUGAUUCUAGCAUUUUUAACGAAGAACAAGAGAUACUUGUAAGAUGGGUGAGGGUGGGUGAACUUGUGGGAAUAGAUUCUAACUGCAUUGAACAGUAUCUCCCACAUCGAGUAGCUAUGCAAUUCGGGUUUGAUCAAGAUGUUCCGGGUCUUUCGGAUGUUACAACUCGCUAUCUAGAGUGGUGGAAGAAUUGUAAUUGCAGACCUGGCCUGAGUGGUGAUCCCGUAAUCAACAAUCAUCAAACAGCAGGAAUGUGUACGCCGAGUAGCUCUUUGCUCGACAGAUCACCUAUCAAGAGGAAAAAGUUCUCCAAACUCGAAAAAUCAUCCAACACAAGGCGAAAGUUUUCCAGGCGUUAUGUGAGUUUGUCUGAGAUGUUUUUGAAGGAAGUUUCUGUUGUUUCUUCUACUUCUUCUCCUACAUCUACUAAUCUUGAGGGAAUGCCGCAUUCAGAGGAUACUCAUAGACAGCACCAAACUGAACUUUUGAGGAAUAAUGCAUCUGGCGAGAAGGGUAAAGCUCCAAAUGUGAUCAAAUUAACUGGUUCAGACUAUAGGAAGGCCAUUGCAACUCAAAUUAGGCCUAACAGCAUGCAAGAACUAAUGGAAAGUGAAACUGCAAGUUCAAAAGAUUCGGGUCCUGAAAAGGGCAGAGCUAAGGAAAUGGUGAGAUCACCAGUUUCCCUGAGCUCAUCAGAAAAGAAUUUGAAAGAUGAUGAUGCCGUUGUACAUCCAGGUUUUCAUAGUAAUGAAGUAACACCGCAUCCAAAGGAUACUGAUGCAUUAGGAAGGAAAGACAACGGCUCAAACAUGAUCAAUCCUACUGGUUCAGAACAUAAAGACGGCGGCUUUGAAGAUCAAAUCAGGCUUAACAGCACACAACAAACGGUGGAAAGUGAAAAGGAAAUUUCCAAAAGAGGACUGGAAUGUGAGGAUCAAGAAACUGAUGCUGACAGUAAUAAGUUCGUCAACACAAACACGAGAAAUGGGAGAAAAUGCAGGUUUGAUGCACUUAAAGACCUAUUAACCCAAUGGGGAGCUGACUGUAGCCAUCUGGAGAGCAUUGUAGCAAAGCAUAAAAGGAACCAUUGCCUGAUGUAA